GCAUCGUUUUUUCUCAUCAAAAAUCAACUUAUAAGUCCUUUUCGUAUUUUCGAUCGUUCCUCGAUCGAUCGUUCGUCGCGUGUCACACUUACCUUGUCUAGGCGAGAAUUCCAAAACAUCAAAACAGACAUCGAUGCUAUCGAUCAACAUGCGGAUCUUCAAAACGGUGCUGCUACUCGCCGCAUUAGGCUCUAACAGAGUUGCUCAGUGUUUACCGAUUGCGAAUGAAACAUCGAUCGUGGAGUCAUCGAGCCCGACGACACCGCCUUCCUACAAUUCUACGGUCGAUUAUUACGAUCAACGACAAAACGGAUCUGAGAAUUACCGUAUCCACGUGGACGGCGUGGUAUUCGUCGUCGCACCCGUCGAGACGCUCCUCCUAGCCGGUGUUGCUGGCGAUAAUAAACCUAACUUACCGAUAAUUGAUUCUUCAAAGCCGCAAUCCAGUAAACCGGAAGUCGAUUCUAAACCGUCACCGGCGCCCAAAUCGACUCACAGGGCUGGUUUGCGUUUGGCGAAUUUGCUAGUUCCGUUGUUACGUCGUUUUCGCCAAGAAUGAAGAACGCUGUCUUUUACACGAAACGCUGCAAGACAUUCGCGUAAAAUGUACUUAUCCUAUCAUCGAUAUUUUUUGACAAUCGACCCUUUGUCUCAUUCCUACUGUCACUCUCUGUCCUUUACAUCGACAUUAACUGAUUAUUCAUUUUAUCUUAAGAUUAUAUUUAUUUUUAAUCUUGCUUGUAACGAACUGGGCAGAUAUUUUAUAGAAAAAACACGAAGAGAAAAUAUCAAGAAGGUAAAUAUCGCACGAGCCUGUGAACGACGUGAGGUUUAGAUGGGUUAUUUGUAACUUUUUGAAUAUUAUUCUUUGCAUAGAACCAAUACUCGAGCCCUCCACGAACAAUUGUAUACUCAAGUAAACAUACGAUACAGGAUUCUUAUCGAAACGAAAUUUAUUUGAUUAAAAAUUAAAAUACAUUAUUUAUGAGUUCUUUUUUGGUAUAUCAUCACAAUACUUUGUAUAAAAAAUGCUUAGGACUAUGAUUUUCAGAAUAUAUAUCAUCUGGGUGGAAUCGUUUAUUUCAUUAAAAAAAAAAAAAAA